AAACCAAGAUGGUGGAUGAGAAACAAAUUCCGCGCAAAUAACGACAAAAUCCUUUAUUUUUACGAAUUUUUGGUUUUUGAUAAAAUGGAAAAGAAAUUGAAGCUGUAUCAGAAGGCGAUUGAUGAGGAGCGACGGUAUUCUGAAGACAUUUCAGAGACACUCCGGGAAUUUUCGAAGAACGUGGCUGAUUUUGUGAAGCACACCGUGAAGCAGAGGAAGAGUGAUUAUCUUAGUAUGGAGAUGCGCGAGGGGGAUCUGGAGAGAAUAGCUACACUGUCGAAAUCCAUUCAUGCAAAAGUAAAAUCCCUCGCAGUGGCCCUGAAAGAGGAGAGAAUGAUAAAUGCCGCUCAGUCGGAGAAACUGGAUUUCCGGAAUAUGCCACCACCACCAUCAGUUGGGGGGAGCAUUGAACCCCAUUCCCUGAUGCAGAGUCAAAAGGCCCAACAGGAACUGUCGGAAUUGAAGAAGCAAAUGGAGAGUUCCAAUAAAUCCUUCAUUUCAAUGGGAUGCUGCCUCACAGAACUUCUCAGUGGUCUGACUGAAGAGGAAGGGAAUGUUGACCGGCUGAUUAGUGGAUAUGAAAAGCCAAUGCGAGGAUAUUUCAAGUUCCUCGAGAAGACUCUGAUUUCCUACUUCAACACCGUCCAUGAGCGAGAGAAUCUUCCCACCAACAAUUACAAAUUUGUCUGCUUGGCCACAUCAGUAGUUGUGAAUGUUACUUCCUCGGAGGACGGGAGGAAGCUCGUGGUGAAUCACGAGAAGGAUCAUUUCCUCUUGAAAACAUUCCUCAAUCUCCUCUGUCGACUUCGCUAUCCUCGUGAGAUUCAGCUAAUUGAGCACUUCCUGAAAUUCCUCUGUGAGAUGAGCCUGGAAGAUGAAGCUGUGAAAAUUAUUCAAAAUCACCUCACUGUGAUGGAGCAAAUUAUUGACUAUGCGAGUUUUAUCGGAAGAAUUGACCUGCAAUACAUGGCCAUCGUCUUGCUCUUCAACACCCUCGAUGAUCAUCUAUCCAGCGGACUAUUUGAAAGACUUUCCUCCAAGAUUAACCAGAUCCCGUGGACUAGCCUUCUUAAUUCUCCCAAUGAGUUGAUCCAGUCUGCCUCCGCGAGACUCCAGCAACAAAUCACAAAGAAAUACGAAUCCAGAGAUUGAAGCAAUGCAGGUCGUGGUGAGUCAGUAAAAAAAAUUACUUCCGUA